GAAGGUCUGUCCAUCAAGCUUCUCCCUCACCAGGUUGAAGGUGUCUCGUGGAUGAUCGACAAGGAGAUCGGAGAGCGCAAGAAGAACGGCGUCCUACCCAAAGGCGGUAUCCUAGCUGAUGACAUGGGUCUCGGAAAGACUGUGCAAUCUGUCAGCUUGAUUCUCCUGAAUCCUCGUCCAGAGCUCGAUGCAAAGCCACCGCCGGAGAACCCCAAACGCAAGAUGCCUGGUAAGGAGGUUGGUAAAGGCACGCUCGUUGUAGCUCCUCUUGCUCUCAUUCGCCAAUGGGAAAGCGAGAUCAAGACCAAGGUCGACAAGGCACACGCACUACGUGUACUGGUUCACCACGGCCCAUCUAGAACCAAGUUCGCUACAGAGCUGAAGAAGUACGAUGUGGUCAUCACAACCUAUCAGAUUCUCGCUUCAGAAUUCGCCGGGACCUCCGAUCACCCCGAUGGUGCAAAGGUCGGCUGCUACGGCAUUCACUGGUACCGUGUCAUCCUCGAUGAGGCACACUCAAUCAAGAAUCGUAACGCAAAGUCAACACAAGCCACUUACGGUUUAAGGAGUUGGUACAGAUGGUGUUUGACCGGCACACCUAUGCAAAACAACCUCGACGAGUUGCAGAGUUUGAUCUGUUUCUUGCAGAUCAAGCCAUACAACAAUCUUGCUACUUGGAAGGAGCAAAUCACAAUCCCGAUGAAGAACGGAAAGGGCAAUUAUGCCAUCAAACGCAUUCAGUACUUCCUCAAGGGCUUCAUGAAACGCCGAACCAAGGAUAUCUUGAAAGAGGACGGCGCUCUCAGCUUCGGUGGCAAGUCGAAGGAUGGGGAGAAGAAGAGCGCUGGCAUGAAAAUCGUUGAGCGCAAGGUCGAGACUAUCAUCUGCGAGCUUGAUCCGAAAGAACGUGACUUCUAUGACCAGCUGCAGGAGAGAGCACAGAAGCGUCUGGAUGACAUGAUGGGAGGUGAGAAGACCGAUUACAUUGGAGCUCUCGUCUUGCUCUUACGACUGCGUCAAGCCUGUAAUCAUCCGAAGCUUGUCUCUGGAUCUAUGGGCAAAGACAAGGACGCUCUAUCUACAGGACAACCCGCCCCUAGCCAGACGCCGCGAAAGAUCUCAGCUGCCGGCAGUCAAGACAAUGACAUCGAUGCCCUUGCCGACAUGUUUGGUGGCAUAAGUGUCCAGACUAAGGAUUGCGAUAUCUGCAGUUCCGAUGCUGAAUCUGAGGAGGGUGAAGGUGAUAUCUCCUAUUCCGGGCCCACCGGCGUAGAAGCUGCCUCGACCAAGAUCCGCCGCUUGCUACGAAUCUUGCAUGCCGAAACUCCCGAACACAAAACCAUCGUCUUUUCGCAGUUCACCAGCAUGCUCGAUCUGAUCGAACCACAUUUGCAGAAGUCCGCAAUCCGCUAUGUUCGCUAUGAUGGUGGUAUGCGUAAUGACGCUCGCGAGGCAUCUCUCAAGUCUCUUCGCGAUGACACCAAGACUCGCGUACUGCUUUGCUCUCUCAAAUGUGGUUCUCUGGGUCUCAACUUGACAGCCGCCUCGCGCGUAGUCUUGAUCGAACCUUUCUGGAAUCCAUUCGUUGAGGAGCAAGCCAUCGAUCGUGUCCAUCGUCUGAACCAAACCGUCGACGUGCGUGUGUUCAAGCUUACAGUUGGCAACACAGUCGAAGAACGUAUCAUAGAGCUUCAAGAGAAGAAGCGCGAGCUGGCCAAGGCAGCUAUCGAAGGCGGCAAGGCUGUGGCCAAGCUUACCAUGAAGGACAUCAUGAGUCUGUUU